AUGACGAUGUCGGUGAUUACUGGCAGACAAAAGAUUCUCCUCCUCAUUGCUGGGAUUUUCAUUUUAGGGAUUGGGGCAUCAAGAUGUAUCAAUGGGGAUAAUGAUAUCAGAAUUCUACUUAUUGGAAAAACUGGUGUGGGGAAAAGCACGACUGGCAACACUAUACUUGGAUUUGAGGCAUUCCCCGCCAAGCUUUCCGGAAGCUCAGUGACCAAAAAAACACAGUUUCAUAUAGCAAAACGGUUCAAUAAAAAUGUGAUAGUUGUCGAUACACCUGGUUUAUAUGACAUGAACAAAACAAACCAAGAAGUUAUAUUGGAAAUAUCAAAAUGUUUUGGAAUCAUAUCUCCUGGAUUCCAUGCAAUUAUACUGGUUCUGCAAAUAGGACGGUAUACAACUGAAGAACAGGACACUGUGGAUUUCUACUUGAAUGCCUUUGGACAGGAUGUCAAAAAAUAUUUGCUUAUAGUUUUCACUGGAAAAGAUCGACUAGAUCGUGAUAAAAUGACUGUUAAAGUCUAUGUCAACACAUUAAAAAAGACUUCAAAUUUACGAAUUCUUAUUGAUAAUAUCGAUGGAAGGUAUACUGCAAUUGGGUAUAGGGGCAAUCCAGCAGACCGCAAAGCAGAAGUUAAAUACAUCCUUGCAAUGAUUGAAGAGAUGAAGAGAGAGAAUGGUCAUUCUUAUUAUACUAAUGAGAUGUUUAGAAGGCAGAGGCUUUUUCUCAAAGAACGCAACGAAAUGCAAAAAAGAAAAGAAAGGAAAUAA